UGUGGCCGAAACCUGUCUUUGAUUUCUUUUCCUUUACUCGUGGUUAUGGUAUUGCCCAGCUACUAUGAAAACAGUGUGUCGAUCGUUACUAAAACAACACAAUUUUACAUGUAUGGGAACGGCGGUCGGUGGAGUUCUGUCCAGAUCUGUUAGCACUCUCAAGCUGCCUCCAUUCGCAGAUGAGGCGUCACUUUAUGUCCAUUGGCCCUAUUGCCUGAAACGAUGCUCUUACUGCAACUUCAACAAGUAUAUUCCUCGGAGCCAAAAUCAUGCUGUCAUGACCGAAUGUCUGCAGAAAGAGACACAGACCUUAGUGCAACUCAGCGAGGUAUCUCGAAUCAGCUCAGUGUUUUUUGGUGGAGGAACACCCAGCCUGGCUCAGCCCUCCACAAUUGCUGCCAUCCUGGAGACUGUCUCCAAACAUGCGCAACUUUCACAUGAUGCAGAGGUCACUCUGGAAGUGAAUCCUACACCUGCUGGAAAAGCUAGUCUGAAGGACUUCAUGUUAGCUGGAGUUAACAGAUUUUCUAUUGGAAUUCAGUCACUAAAUGAUGAUCACCUGAGGACUCUAGGGAGGGAUCACAGUUCUCAGCAUGCUCUUCAGACAGUGGCAGAGGCUAGGACACUUUGCCCGAGACGGGUGUCAGUGGAUGUCAUGUUUGCUCUCCCAUACCAAAGUGUGAAGUCAUGGGAGAUGGAGCUGGAGAAACUGCUGCCAGUAUGUGACGAUCAUGUUUCACUGUAUCAACUGACUUUAGAAAGGGGUACACAGCUGUUUAAACAGGUUGGCAGUGGUGAAUUAAGUGUACCUGAUGAUUAUAUCACAGCGGUUAUGUACAAAUCAGCAUGCAGGAUCCUGGAGCGGGUUGGGUUUCAUCAGUACGAGGUGUCCAACUUUGCCAAAAAUAAUGCUUUCAGUGAACACAAUAUUGGGUACUGGAGGAGUCAGCAGUACAUAGGAGUAGGCCCAGGGGCACAUGGACGCUUUGUUCCAUGUGCAGAGGGAGGAGCUCAGAGGGAAGCUCGGACACAGACUUUAGAACCAGAUGUUUGGAUACGAGAGGUUCAGCGGCAAGGUCAUGGAACACGCAGACGAAUACAGCUCGAUCAUCAUGGCCUGCUGGAGGAAGUUUUGGUCAUGGGUUUGCGUAUGAAUGAAGGAAUCAGCCACCAGCACUGGGAGCUAUUCAGCCCAGAAGCAGACCUCCAUAACAUUUUUGGUGUGUCAGAUAACAUUCAGGAAUUAGAAGCAGGGGGACUUCUUAUACUUGAUGACAGGGGUUUGCGGUGUUCCUGGGAAGGCUUGGCUUUACUGGACAGCAUCUUACCCACACUGCUGGUAGAAUUAGAGAUGUUUCUCAAAAGCAGGAGCAUCGUGAAGACACAGUACACCAGCAGAGAGACAGACAUUAAGAGAGACAGAUGACACUUUAUGUCAUCAGGGUUCCUAUGGCAUGGAAACGUAAUGGGAAAUGAGAAAAAUAUUGAAAUGUCCUGAAAAAUUAUUAAUUGUCCUGGAAAAUAGUUCAUUAUAAUAAAACUGUUUGACUGUGUGGCUAAAAUGUUUUUGUUACAUGUAAAACAAAAACAUUGUUAUGAUUGGGUUAAAUACGGAAAUUCAUAUAGUUUUGUCUAGGGAUGCCCCUUUUUUCUGAUACCAAUUUAAAAAAAAAAAAAUAUAUAUAUAUAUAUAUAUAUAUAUAUAUAUAUAUAUAUAUAUAUUUCCACCUUUACAUUAUUACUUUUUUAUUAUGGAUCAAGCCCUGAAAAGGCCAAGACCCCUAUUGUAAUUGUCAAUGUUCUAGAGACUAUAGCAGGCAGCCCAUAGAACCGUUUGAAGACUUGGUUUCGAUUUCCGCUUGACUAGAUUUUCCGGCAUUUAAAAUUUUAAGGAAACACGUUUUUUUCGCUGCUACUACUAAAUUUCCACCAAUUUUUUUUAAGUGGUAGUGAGAUAGAGCUACACAAAAAGUUAACACUUUUUUUUUUCGAUGUUUGAAAUCGUUCCUGAUAAGUGGCUUCACGAAGUUGAUUGUGAGCACGCCAAAAUAGAGUUCAUGCUGUAUCUCCGCAAUACUUUGACGGAUUUUGACAAAACUUGGUACGUUUCAUCGCCAUCAUGCAUUGAGGUCACCUUCACCACACUGCCCCCUACUGGUUAGGAGACAGCAAAAAUUGCUAUUUUGGCUUAAACUCUUGAAAACUUUGGCCAAAAAUAAUAAAACUGGUCUCUUCAGAUUCAGUGAAACAUUCAAGUUUCAAGCGAUACCUAAUUUUCCCAUGUCGGCCAUUUUGGGCAUCAGCCAUUUUGAAUUUAGUCACAAAAUGCUGUAUUUAAUGAGUAUCGUUACAAAACGUUGUAUGUGUCAUCAGGACCAUUCCCUGAAGGUGCCUGAGACGUUUGGGUCCGGCACCACCUAGUGGUGGAAAAAUGUAUUUUGUUAACUUUUUGAGCUUAUAAUUUUUAGUGGUGUUGGUCUAUUUUCUUGCUGAGAGAAAUGAAACCAUAUUUGCUAUGGUUCGCCUUAUGGCCUGUUGCCUCUUCGAAAAUUGCUUCAAAGCUGUGCGUCUGAUCGGAACGAAACCAAAAUAAGAAGCGUCAUUAGUACGUUUAUUUGGUUGAAGGGAACAUGGCAACAUUUUGCUCAUAAAUGCCAAAAACAGGCCGAUGAAUUUUAAAAGUGGUCUCUGCUUUAACAUGAAAUAAGAAAUUUCACCAAACUUGACACUUAUUACAGGGCUCAACCUGAGAACACAAAGUUGUGGGGUUUGACCAUUUGGUGGUGCUAUAACGGAAACAAUAUGAAAGUGGCUCUAACUAUAGAAACAUUGGUCCAAUUAAUUUCAGAAUUUGCAUGCAGUGUCUUUGUGGGUGUUGCCUUCAUUGAUCAUGAGGACAGUUGCAUAUAUUGAGAAACAUGGCAGCCAUUGGCCAAUCAUCAACAUAUUUGACAUUGAGCACACCAAAAGAGACUUGAGGCUGUAUGUUUGCAUUUUUGAGAGACCGGUCUUGAGAGAUUGCGUGGGUCAUGCAGAGAACAAUGAUACCAUAGUUGGCCAUGAUUUGAUUUUAUGUAAAAUUUAUGUAAUUUGAUUUUAUGUUUUGUUGUUGCUAUUACUCCUAUAACAUUUGUCCAGUCAACAUGAAAUUUAAA